AUCUGACUGCCGGCCGCACGGACUCCGCGCAUAUAAGGCGCGGCCGCGGCCCGCCGCGGAUCCAAGCCCAGCUCCUCUGCAGAGCGGGGUUGGGUCUCCUCCUGCGGCCCUUCAUCCCUCGCCGACCCCCUCCCGGCUCUGAGCCAGUCAUUCCUGCAGGGUUUCCACGCCAGGGGUUUGGCUGGGAAGACACAGAAUGCUGCGGCCACUGCUGCUGCUGGCCCUGUGGGCCUGGUCCAGCGCUCAAGCGGGAGACCAGGACGAGGACACGGCCUUCGACCUCUUCAGCCUCAGCAACAUCAACCGCAAGACCAUCGGGGCCAAGCAGUUCCGGGGCCCAGACCCCCGCACGCCCGCCUACCGCUUCGUCCGCUUUGACUACAUCCCGCCGGUGAGCGCGGAGCACCUGGGCCGGAUCGCCGAGGCCAUGCGGCGCAAGGAGGGCUUCUUCCUGACGGCCAGCCUGAAGCAGGACCGCCGGUCCCGGGGCACCCUGCUGGCGCUGGAGGGCCCGGGCGCCGCGCACAGGCAGUUCGAGAUCGUGUCCAACGGCCCCGCAGACACCCUGGACCUCACCUACUGGGUGGACGGCACGCAGCAUGUCAUCUCCCUGGAGGACGUGGGCCUGGCUGACUCCCAGUGGAAGAAUGUCACCGUGCAGGUGACCGGAGAGACCUACAGCCUGUACGUGGGCUGCGACCUGAUGGACAGCUUCGCGCUGGACGAGCCCUUCUACGAGCAUCUGCAGACCGAGAGGAGCCGGAUGUACGUGGCCAAGGGCGCGGCGCGCGAGAGCCACUUCCGGGGUCUGCUGCAGAAUGUCUACCUAGUUUUUGAAAACUCUGUGGAGGAUCUUCUGAGCAAGAAAGGCUGCCAGCAGAGCCGGGGAGCUGAAGCCAACGCCAUCAGUGAGAACACGGAGACGCUGCACCUGAGCCCCAUGGUCACCAUGGAGCACGUGGGCCCGAGUGCAGAGAAGGGCCCCGAGGUGUGCGAGCACUCCUGUGAGGAGCUGGGCAGCAUGAUCCGAGAGCUCUCGGGGCUGCACGUCAUCGUGAACCAGCUCCACGAGAGCCUGCGCAAAGUGUCAAACGACAACCAGUUUCUCUGGGAGCUCAUCGGCGGGCCCCCCAAGACCAGGAACAUGUCCGCCUGCUGGCAGGAUGGCCGGUUCUUUGCCGAGAAUGAGACCUGGGUGGUGGACAGCUGCACCAAGUGCACCUGCAAGAAAUUUAAGACUGUUUGCCACCAAAUCAGCUGCCCACCCGCGACGUGUGCAGACCCCUGGUUCGUGGAGGGCGAGUGCUGCCCGUCCUGCGUCCACGACGGCGAGGAAGGCUGGUCCCCGUGGGCGGAGUGGACGGAGUGCUCGGCCACCUGUGGGUCGGGCACCCAGCAGCGGGGACGCUCCUGUGACGUCACCAGCAACACCUGCCUGGGGCCGUCCAUCCAGACGCGGGCCUGCAGCCUGGGCAAGUGCGACCACCGCAUCCGGCAGGACGGCGGCUGGAGCCACUGGUCACCGUGGUCCUCCUGCUCGGUGACCUGCGGCGUCGGCAACGUCACCCGCAUCCGCCUCUGCAACUCACCGGUGCCGCAGAUGGGGGGCCGGAGCUGCAAGGGGAGCGGCCGUGAGACCAAGGCCUGCCAGGGCCCGCCCUGCCCGGUGGACGGCCGGUGGAGCCCCUGGUCCCCAUGGUCGGCCUGCACCGUCACCUGUGCCGGAGGGAUCCGUGAGCGGACACGCGUCUGCAACAGCCCCGAGCCCCAGCACGGGGGCAAGGACUGCGUAGGGGACAUCAAGGAGCAGCAGAUGUGUAACAGGAAGAGCUGCCCCGUAGACGGCUGCCUGUCCAACCCCUGCUUCCCUGGAGCCGAGUGCAGCAGCUUCCCCGACGGCUCCUGGUCCUGCGGCUCCUGCCCGGUGGGCUUCCUGGGCAACGGCACCCACUGCGAGGACCUGGACGAGUGCGCCGUGGUCACGGAUGUGUGCUUCGCAACCAGCAGGGCGCACCGCUGUGUCAACACCAACCCCGGCUACCACUGCCUGCCCUGCCCGCCACGCUACAAGGGGAACCAGCCCUUUGGCGUCGGCCUGGAGGCGGCCAGGACCGAGAAGCAGGUGUGUGAACCCGAGAACCCCUGCAAGGACAAGACGCACAGCUGCCACCGGCACGCCGAGUGCAUCUACCUGGGCCACUUCAGCGACCCCAUGUACAAGUGUGAGUGCCAGACGGGCUACGCGGGCGACGGGCUCAUCUGCGGGGAGGACUCAGACCUGGACGGCUGGCCCAACAAGAACCUGGUGUGCGCCACCAACGCCACCUACCACUGCAUCAAGGACAACUGCCCCCUCCUGCCCAACUCGGGGCAGGAAGACUUCGACAAGGACGGCAUCGGGGAUGCCUGCGACGACGAUGACGACAACGACGGCGUCACGGACGAGAAGGACAACUGCCAGCUUCUCUUCAACCCCCGUCAGUUCGACUACGACAAAGACGAGGUCGGGGACCGAUGUGACAACUGCCCCUACGUGCACAACCCGGCGCAGAUCGACACGGACAACAACGGGGAGGGCGAUGCCUGCUCCGUGGACAUCGAUGGGGAUGAUGUCUUCAACGAGCGAGACAACUGUCCCUACGUCUACAACACCGACCAGCGGGACACCGACGGGGACGGUGUGGGCGACCACUGCGACAACUGCCCCCUGGUGCACAACCCCGACCAGACCGACGUGGACAAUGAUCUCGUGGGAGACCAGUGUGACGACAACGAGGACAUCGACGAAGAUGGCCACCAGAACAACCAGGACAACUGCCCCUACAUCCCCAACGCCAACCAGGCCGACCACGACCGCGACGGCCGGGGUGACGCCUGUGACUCAGACGACGACAACGAUGGGGUCCCCGACGACAGGGACAACUGCCGGCUGGUCGCCAACCCCGACCAGGAGGACUCGGACGGCGAUGGGCGUGGGGACGCUUGUAAAGAUGACUUCGACAACGACAGUGUCCCUGACAUUGACGACGUGUGUCCUGAGAACAACGCCAUCAGCGAGACAGACUUCCGGAACUUCCAGAUGGUUCACCUGGACCCCAAGGGCACCACUCAGAUUGACCCCAACUGGGUCAUUCGCCAUCAAGGCAAAGAGCUGGUGCAGACAGCCAACUCCGACCCUGGCAUCGCUGUUGGUUUCGACGAGUUCGGGUCUGUCGACUUCAGCGGCACGUUCUACGUCAACACAGACCGCGACGAUGACUAUGCUGGCUUCGUCUUUGGCUACCAGUCCAGCAGCCGCUUCUACGUGGUGAUGUGGAAGCAGGUGACGCAGACCUACUGGGAAGACCAGCCCACCCGGGCCUACGGCUACUCGGGGGUGUCCCUCAAGGUGGUGAACUCCACGACAGGGACAGGCGAGCACCUGAGGAACGCCCUGUGGCACACAGGCAACACGGAGGGACAGGUUCGCACUCUAUGGCACGACCCCAAAAAUAUUGGCUGGAAGGACUACACUGCCUACCGGUGGCAUCUGACCCACAGGCCUAAGACGGGCUACAUAAGAGUCUUAGUACAUGAAGGAAAACAAGUCAUGGCGGACUCAGGACCCAUCUAUGACCAAACCUACGCGGGUGGGCGGCUGGGUCUGUUUGUCUUCUCUCAAGAGAUGGUCUACUUCUCGGACCUCAAAUAUGAAUGCAGAGAUGUCUAAGCAAGAGUUGCUGUGUUUCCAGCAAAGCACUGUAGAUGCUGUUACCCAGACACCUCAGUCCAUCCCAGUCCUUCCAGCUACUCUCUCUAGCAGACCUCCUGUCCUUGACCCUGACCUGAGUGGUUCUUCACCUGCUGUCCUCCACCCAAGCCCAAGUGCCUUCAGAGGAUAAAUAAUAAUGGAACAGAAAGAUGAACAUCCAACCCACUACAGGAAAAGCAGUUUGAUGAUCCAUGAGACUUUAUGUGGAGUGAAAAUUGAGCAUAAUAUUGCAUUUUUUUUCUUGUGUGUUUAAAAAGAAUGACGUUUACAUAUGAAAUGUAAGUACUUUUUGUAUUUAUGUGUAUAUGGAGUUGAAGGGAAUAUUGUGUAUAAGCCAUUAUGAUAAAUUAAGCAGGAAAAAUAUUGCCACACUACUUUCAGCGCUUUAAGUUGGGUGUGAGAGCACCCAAAUAUUGUUAGGUAAAUUAUAAAGAAGGGUUGACUCAAGUUUGAAGUAAUUCCAUUAUCAGAAAGAGGUCAAGAGACAGCAGUCACAUAUGUGGGAUGUCAGGUAAUGAACUGGAACAUCAGAAAUACCCAUGGGAAUAAGUGAAUACCCCUCCCCGACUCUCUUGUCCCACAGUGGGAGCCCUCAGAGAUGUAGUCUCAUCAAAGAAGGACAAUCCUUGUGCGACGGCUCUGCUGUGGGUCUGGAUGUGGGCCUGGCAGAGCCCUGCUGGCCUGUGGUCUAGCAGAGGGGGCGCCAUUGCUGCAGUGGCCCUUCCAGCCGUGGUGGACCUGGGGGGGAUCAUGACCGGGUGUCCCCUGGUUCUGAGGUCUGGUCCCCAGAAUCCUUGCUGGGGCUCCUUCCCAUCUCUGCUGCUGUAGAAGAGACAGUGGAGAAGCGGUCGGCAAAUGCGUUUGUACAUCUAAUCCCUCGUCGAGGCUUUGACACUGUGGGCACAUUGCUUUUACCCAACUUGGUAACACAUUCCGUUAAGGUUCCAGUUAUAAAUGCUGUGUUAAUAUUUAUUGAGUGAGUAUAGAAUGCAGUUCUGUUCACCAGUAACUUAUUUAAAUAUGCCAAGUAGUGCGUACACAGUAUAAUCUCUAGAAGUAAACGUAACUAGCAUAUAAUAUAAAGAUACAGUUAUAGCAAAACAUCUCUUGUCAAAAUACAAGGCUUUAUAAUGUCACAUGGCCGUGAUCAAGCAUGCUGCAAAAUGCGGUAGGAUAAACAAUAAUGAGGAGUUUAUAAUGGAACCUUAAUAUAUACUGUUGCCAGUGACUUUAAUUCCACAUAUAUAUAUUUUUUCACUAUUUUCUAUCUGCUGUACGUAGGACUUUAAAGACUUUGAAUGCCAAGGAUAAACUGACGCACCCUUAGUCAUACAGCAGUAUUCACAGGCUUGAUUUGUUUUUCGCUUUAAGUUGCAUGAUGUUUCUGCAGGAAAUAUUAGUUAAUCUCACUCCACGUAGGGACUCGGGAAGAAGACUUGUCUUGGCAGCCUGAUGUGGCAGACAGCCUUCCUUCUGGCUGACAGUGAGCUAACGCCUCCGUCUCGGAGAGAGAGGACCGGCGACCUGUCCCCCUUGCUCGUGCGGUCUGAUAAACUUACAUUUGUUGCUUCUUUGAGGCCAAUUGCCUUCUCGCUGUGCUGCACUUUUUACAUUUUUCAGUGGCGCUGUCUUCCCAAGACAACGGAGUGUUGGGAGAUCCCAUUAAAUGUCCCCGUGGUGAAGAGCGUGCAGGUCUCUGUGUCGGUGUGUUCGGUGGUACGGGAUGAUGAUGUGAAUAUUUAGAAUGUACCAUAUUUUUUUUUGUAAAUUAUUUAUGUUUUUUUUUUAAACAAACUUUUGGUACAGAUGGAUGAAACUUCUUUUGUUUUGCCAAAGACUGUAAAUAUUAACUUAUUUGUUCACAUGGUCAGAUUUUCACCACUGAACCCUGCAUUUAGCUAGAGCCUCAUUUUUAUACGUCAAAGGUUCAUAACAGGAAAUAAAUUGUAAAAAGGUUUUCUAUA